UGUGCAUACGUUCGAGACGUGACCGUUUCCCCCUUCUUCUUUCGCCCAUGUGUCGUGUAGAUCCAUGAUGCUAUCGCGAGACUGAAGAGCACCAGAAUCCUCGUGGCAGGCUUCAAGGUCACACAGAAUGGCGGCAGUGGUAGAGCCAUCUGUGUCGACGGGACUGAGGUCGACGUCGACGGGAUCUCGUCUAGAUGGCCUCACAUCCCUCAUGCUCGCAGCCCAGCAGAACGACGCCGACGAGCUCCGGAACCUCAUCAAGAAGGGGCAUAGCGUCCGGGAUCGAGACAAGUCGGGGAAGACGGCCCUGCACUACUGCGCCGAGAACUCCGAUCUCACCUGCGUGGAGCGGGUCUGUCUCUCCUUCCUCCAUUCCAUCGCGUUCGAGCCUCCCCGUUCCUUCGAUUGCCGCGUCCGAUUCGUGGAAGCCGAAGGUAUCCUGAUGGAGGCGCCGGAGACGAUGAACGCACAGGACGAGGAAGGCUUCUCCGCCCUUCACCUCGCCGUCAUCUGCGGCAACGCAAACGUCGUCAAGUUCCUCAUCCGGAAGGGGGCGGACAUCGGGGUGUUGGACAACGAAGGCCACUCCCUCGUCCACUGGGCGACAGUCUGUGGGGAGGUGGAAGUCCUGGACAUCCUGCUGGAGGCGGGGUCGGGAGCAGACACGAGGGACCUGCACGGAGCGACGCCGCUCCACUACGCGGCCCAGCUGUGCGCACCGACGGGGAACCUCCUCAACGGAGGACCGGAUCGGAGGAUCGGACUCAGGACCCUCAAGAAACUGCUGCAGUGGGGGGUGCCCGUCACCACGGCGGACAACGACGGUCGGCAGUCGCUGCUCUGGGCUGCCUCGGCAGGGAGUGCAGAUGCGAUGCUGGCAUUGGUCAACGCAGGAGCUCGAGUCGACGCCGAGGAUAAGGACGGUCUCACGGCGCUUCACUGUGCGGCGAGCAGAGGCCACGUGGACUGCAUCGAGACGCUGGUGAGCCUGUGCGGGGCGGAAGUGGACGUCCUGGACGCGAACGGCUGCACAGCCUUGUUCUACGCCGUCACCCUCGGCCACGCCGACUGCACGCAGCUCCUCCUUCAAUACGGCGCCGAGCCCAACCGACAGGAUCGCAAGGGCCGCACGCCGGCGCACUGCGGCGCGGCCAAGGGACAAUUGGAGACGCUGAGGCUGCUGCACGGGGCGGGAGCGAACAUCUGGGCCAGGAACAUCCGAGGGGACGUGCCGCUUCACGAGGCCAUCCAAUCGGGGAGGAAGGAUUUGGUCACGUGGUUGCUCAGUUCGAGGCCGGAGGCGGUGAACUUGGGGAACAACGACGGGCGGUGCCCGCUCCACAUCGCGGCCGUCAAUAACAACAUCGAGAUGUGCAAGGUUCUGCUGGACUUGGGGGCAUCGACGAAUCCGAUCAUGCGGGGAAGUCGAGGCCAGCUGCUGACCCCGUUGGACGCCGCCCUCAUGAGGGGGAACCGGAACUGCGCCAAGUACCUUCAGCUGCACGGGGCUUCUCCGGCGUCGAGGCUCGCCGCGCAUCACCUCCAGGGCCUGAGCGAUUACCCUCACGCUCGAAGCUUCACGCCGUCCCCGGAUGGCACCUUCAACGUCGGAGACGGUCGCCGAUCUUCCUCUCUCAGUCACAAUAAAGACACUCAAGCGAUGGUGGAGACGGUGGAGGAGAGUCAGCAGACGGAUGGGAACCCCAGAACGAAGAAAGGGAAGGAAGGGGAGAGUGGAUUCAACAUGGUCGCCAGGGGCGAGCCAGAGGCCGUCGGCGUGGAACACGUCCCCGCUGGAGGGAAGGACUCGGGUUUCAGCGAGGUUCUCAUGCCCGAGGAAGAGGAGGAAGAGGAGGGGAAGAAGGCGAGGCGGGAGGCGGAGGCGAAGAAGGAGGAGAAGGGGGGAAAGAAGGAGGAGAGAGGGGGGAAGAAGGAGGGGAAGACCAAGGAGAAGAUGAAACACAACGGGAAUCUGUCAUCGAGCCUGGAUUCCAUGUCUGGCACCGUCAUGAAGAAUCGAGUUCGAAGAUUCGAACUGGAGCGGAAAAUCUUCUCGGAGCUCCUGGAGCUGAAAAGACUACAGAUCCGAUCCGGGAAAGCCAACGAGAGCCUCGUCGUGAAGAGGAUGGUCGACAGGUACAAGCAAGAAGGACUCCUCGGACUCAAGGGAUACGACGGCCCGUACACCUUCCGCAGCUUCGAGCGAUUUCUGUACGCCCUUUACCCCGAGCCUUCCCGUGAUCCUUUCCCCCGAGCCCUCCUCGCAUCGAGCCUGCCGCUGACGGCACUCACUCGUCGAGUGGCUGCUCGGAUGGUAAGUGCCUUCGAUCAGUUGAAGUUCGUUCAAAAUCCCCAGUUCCUCAAAUCCAUGCCUCCGAAAUCAAAGAUACCCCAGCGAGUGAAGGGCGAGGGAGACGGCGAAGGGAAUCGGUCUGACGUGCGAGACCUGGAUGAACGCGUGGCCGUGACGACGAACCCCACGAUGGCGACCAACUGCACCCACCGCACCCACUCCUGCCACCACACGGCCCACGCCUACACCGGCAUCCCCUGUGCCGCCUACAUCACGAAGCCGAAUCACCAUCAUUACCUGAAAGGGACGCAGAAUUUCCUUCCUCGCAUCCCGAACGGAGGGAAGAAGGAUACGAAGGCGAAGGAAGGCCUGGGAAAGGAAGGCCAGGGAAAAGAAGGCCAGAGGAAAGAAGGCCAAGGGAAGGAAGGCCAGGGGCAGGCACCGCUGGGCUCGGUCAGCAACUACGACCCGACGGAGCCGCUGACGGUGGAGCUGAACCACGGAGGUCAGAGGCAGCUCAUCGAGUUCCCGGCGCACACGCUGGAUAAGAGAAAACGGUACCAUGUCACGUUCACUAUCAAACCUUCCACACCGGAUGCGGGGCUGCUCAAGCCGGCUGUCAAUUCCGUUCCGAGGCAGGUCAAUAGCCUCUGAGGCUUACAAACAUGUGGCAAAUUUCUUUUCACCAUCAAUACAUAUGCGUUUAGAAGGGUCAAUAAAGUUUUCUUUCCUCUCUUUUA